AUCUUCGCAGAUAAGAGGCAUGGAGGGGGUCAUUUAUGAAAGCCCGAACAAUGGUUCUGAUGGGCAUCAGAGUAGCAAUUCCAAGUGGAUUUCUAAUGAUGAGCAAAAUGCAUCUGGAAAUGGAAACACUCAUGGAAAUCCAGAUCUCAAUGUUGGUGAUGCAAGCAGAAACAACCAGGGAACUUUUCUUGUGUUCUGUAAAUAUGGUUUGCCUAUUUCUUGAUUCAAUUUUGAAUGGAUAAAUGCCGCAAUUGGCUUGGAGCAAAUUUAUCUAUCUAGCAUUGUAAUGCUGGCUAUAACCUUAGCACCGUAAGAUAUAUUAAGUCCAUAGACCAGAGAAUGAGUAAUUGAGGCAUUUAACUUUCGGACAACUUUGAGAAACGAACCAUUCUUGCCGCUUUUCCAUUCUCUAUAUGUAUAUCCUUUAACUGUGAGCUUUGAGUAGGAAAAGGAAUCUAUUCAUAAGAGUUGAGCUAAGAAAGGAUGAUGCAGAUGUUUGUAGACAACCUUUAGAGGCAAUGUAUCCAAGGGAACCUGGUUUAUCACUUCAGAAGUGGGCUCACAUGCAAGUUGCUGUUGGUGCUCGGGUGGCCUGCUACCAUGAUGAAAUUAAAGUUGCGAUAAAAAAUUUCUCUACCGAUUAUGAGAGAACUGGUUCCACAGUAUCUUUAAGAAAAUGGAAAGGAGAGGCUGGAUUAUUUGGAAGAUGGAAAAACUAUUUUUAAAUUGCGAUUAAGGCUUUGCUCAUCUUUUUACCCAAUUAACGACCGCAUACGGGAUUUUUUUCUUGAACAUGAUGGACACACUCUCCGAGCAAGUCCUCCAUGGGGUUCUGAACUUUUGGAGGUAUAUUGUCUGUGCUUCUUUCUUCCUUCUUUUCAGUUGUCUUGGUUAAAUCUAUUAUUAGUAUUCAUGAUCUCUUUAGUUUUGGUGUUUUGUAAUUUUCAAGUCAACCGAAAUUAUUCUAUGG